AGCUUGAAGCUGGGCGUGUCUGAGGCUUGGCGAUUUCUCGCGCCCAAGGCGACCAACAACCAAUCAGGAAUCUCCCACCCGCAAAGCAAAAAAAAGCCCGGUUCUUCUACACUAUUGCCAAAAUGGAUGCCGGUUUUGUAGCAACGGUAGCGUUGGUUUAUGCAAUGUCUCGCAGGAGGCCACGUAUAGUGCGUCGCUGUUGGGUACAUACAAUACUCAGAAAACGUCUGCAAUGGGGGGAAUACCACGUUCUUGUCCAAGAGCUCCGCCUGGAUGGUGUACUGUUUCAGCAGUACUUCAGGAUGAGCAAAGACGCGUUCGACGAGUUGUUCGGAAAAGUCGGUCCACUGAUUGCAAAGGCAGACACCCGUAUGCGUUUGUCAAUCGGACCCGCCGAGCGACUCGCCAUCUGCCUACGGUACCUGGCAACCGGUGACUCGUACAGGACCAUAGCAUUCAGCUAUCGGGUCGGGCAUGCAACAGUGGCUGUCAUCGUCAAGGAGGUUGCGGGUGCCAUCUGGACCGCGCUGGUCGAGGAGACCAUGCCGGUACCACAGACGGAGGACUGGAGAGCCAUCGCUGCUGGGUUCCAGGAGCGCUGGAACUUUCCAAAUUGCGUUGGUGCCAUUGAUGGGAAGCACGUGGUGAUCCAGGCUCCGGCAAAUUCUGGGUCCCUGUACUUCAACUACAAGUCCACCCACUCCUUGGUACUACUGGCUGUCGUGGAUGCCCAGUACCUCUUCAGGGUAGUGGAUGUCGGAGGUUUUGGAAGGAGCAGCGACGGUGGGAGCCUGCGGAAUUCCGCUUUUGGAGAGGGCCUCCGAGAUGGCAGUCUGCAGCUACCACCUGACACCGUCAUCCCAGGAGCAGAGCGGCUGGGCCUUCUUCCCCAUGUGUUUGUUGGAGAUGAGGCUUUUCCGCUGCUGGACAACCUGCUGCGUCCGUUCCCUGGACGUCAGCUCACGCGCGAAAGGAGGCUGUUCAACUACCGCCUCAGCCGGGCCAGGUUGGUUGUUGAAUGUGCGUUUGGCAUCCUCUCAUCUCAGUGGAGAAUGUUCCGGCGUGUCAUCACCACCAGCCCGGAGGUAACAGAGUUGUGUGUGAAGGCCACCUGUGUGUUGCACAACUUCCUCCGCAGGAAGACAAUAGGAAGGUCAUCGCGCACACCUGUCAUCCCUGUCGUCGCAGAGUCGAGUGAUGAAGCUCCAACCCUGCGCGAUGCACCUAUGAUGGGCUCAAACAACGCCACACGCCGAUCCAUCCAACUGCGGGAGACCUUCUGCUCCUAUUUGAAUGAGGAGGGUGUAGUGUCAUGGCAGCAUAAAGUGGUGUAGGGUCACCAUGGCUCCUCCAAACCAAAAGCUCUUUUAAGA